AGCUAUGAUUUAUCCGUUAAAUUUGCAUUUAAUAUUCCCAUUGAUAGGACAACAAAAUGUGUCUCCUCCCCGCCCCGGGGUUAAAUAUUUCUAUUGUUGACGAAGAUUCCCCCCCUGGAGAAUCUCAAACCGUCCGUGUAAGGUCAAACCCCGAACACCUGUGUGCAUGUUUGUCCGUUCAUGCAUGUGUGUGUUUGAUGAGCAACACAAGAACAUCUUCGCGCGUGCACCCCCAAGUUUGAGCGCAUCCUUAGCCUAUGACAGUCAAGUUCAAUACAUCACAGCGUGUACACACAUAUACCUGUUAAUCCGCUUAGCGUGUAGUGAUAUACCCCCCCGGUAUGAACUUGAACUGAACUUAAGUUUUUUAUAUUUAGUUAGCUAGUAGUCAAAGUUAGUACAUAGCUUCCUAGAACCAUGAAGAUUCAAGUUCGCCACGUUGUUCUCCUAGUCCUAGUUCUAGGAUAUGCUGAAUCAAGUUCUAGGAUGAGAGGAGGUAAGGAGCAUCGGAGGAGCAAACGAACCAUUGGGGAGAUAAUAAACUGGAAACUGGGGCUCAUCCAAAGCAUUUUCGGAGGGAUUUUUGGCGGAGGCAAGGGAAAUUCUCAGAGCAGUAGUUAUGGAGCUCCGAGCAACAGUUAUGGGCCUCCGAGUAACAGCUAUGGACCUCCUAGCAACAGCUAUGGGCCUCCGAAUGAUUCUAGGGGUAAGGGGCAAAACAAGGGAUUCCAACUCCCAAGCUUAUCAUUGGAUGGACUCUUCAACAAGGGACCAAAAAACAAAGGCAACGGAGCACCCAGACCAAGCUAUGGAGCUCCUCGUCCCUCCUAUGGAGCGCCUCAGGCUCCCCAAGCUCCAAGGGCUCCUCAAGGGCCUCCACGACCAAACUACUCCAGUGGUUCUACGGAUUUUGGACCCUCCAAUGCAAUCAAGAUGCUACCUGCACCCAACCUAGCAACUGCCAGACCCACGAAUGGAUUCGGUGAUGCUGGAUAUAGCGGAUCUAGCCAGAACCAAGACAGCUACGGUUCACCUCAGGCUCCUGCCGUCAGUUCUGGAGAUUCUUAUGGAGCUCCACAAGCGGAUCCCAUUUCUCAGGAUUCGUAUGGAGCUCCUCAAGCUGAUCCCAUUUCCCAAGAUUCUUAUGGAGCUCCUCAGGCCGCUCCUAUAUCCAGUAGCAGCAGUGGGUUUAGGGAUGCUAAAGUGCUCCCCGCUCCUUCCACAAAUUUUGUUGCUUCUAACUCCGUAAACCAGGGUUCAGAUUCUUACGGUAGUCCAUCCGGCAGUGUUAUUGCAGCCGAUGAUAUUACAAGAAACACAUUUCAGCAGGCCUCAAUUGCUAGCGCUUCUGAUUCCUAUGGCGCUGCUCAAAGUCCUGUUAGCGCUCCUUCCAGCGCCUCUGACUCAUAUGGAGCUGCUCAAAGUCCAGUUAUCGCUCCUUCCAGUGCCUCUGACUCCUAUGGAGCUGCUCAAAGUCCAGUUAUCGCUCCAUCCAGCUCUUCUGACUCAUAUGGCGCCGCUCAAGGACCUGUUCUGUCCCCUUCUUUAGCUUUAACCUCAAGUUCAUCCGAAGGAGCAGACACUUAUGGAACUGCAUUGGGUCCAAUCGUGAGCUCCGGAGCCUCAGAAGCCGUUAUCCUGGAGAAUGAUGAUGUAAGAAAUGUUCAAACCUCGAAUGAGAUUGCUCUUAUUCAAUCCACGCUCCAACAGACCAACCUUGUUGAAGAUGAUCCUGUAGACGUUUAUGGUUCUGCUCUAGCCCCUGUAGGAACUUCAGCUCCAGUUCCCGAGGAAAUCUUCACCCAGGACUCUAAAGCCCAGACAAGCUUUGACAGCUACAAUCCUAAGUCUCAGACGGAGAAUAUUGAUCUGACAUCGAACAAUGAGAUUGAUAACCAGAAACUCAAGGUUGCAGCAGUUAAUACUCUUGUAGAUCUCAGAGAAGACUUUAAUGAAGACCCGUUCACACCAACAAGCUCUCCUGUUAUAUUUACAUACGCCCCUCUUGUAAAAGAGGAAGGAAACAAGCUGUCUGAUCCAUUAAACGUACUCCCAGACGACUAUGAGUACUCUAACUACGAAGAUGCCUAUGAUGCUAAUGAUGUUCCUGAGGAUCAAGCUGCUCCUGAAUCACUAAGCAGUUAUGGUUCCAAUGAUCUGGGAUCUUAUGGACAAACAGCUAAGGAAGCUCGAAAGCAAGCCCCUGUCGAAGCCCCUAAGCAGGCCCCGGUUGAAGCCCCUAAGCAGGCCCCUGUUGAAGCCCCUAAUCAGGCCCCAGUAGAAGCUCCUGAACAGGCCCCAGUAGAAGCUCCUGAAUUGGUUCCUCUUCCAUCUCCUGUAGAUGAGUUUGCUAAUGAAGCUUUAGCCCAGGGUAUUUCUCUACCUACCACUGAAUACUUUGAUACAACUGCUUCUGAUGCUGGACUUUUAAUUGAUCUUAGAUCUGUCACCUUCACUACAGGAGCAGCCCCGACCCCGGAGCCUGAAAUAACAACGUAUUCUCCACCGAUUGAUUUUGAUCUCGGUACAACAGCAUCUGCUGGGAUUGAAGUUGAAAAUGUUCAAUAUGAAGACUUUGAGCUUGGAGUAGAGGAGACUGGUAUCACUGAGCCAAGUAACAAUGUUGACGCAGGUUUGACCGAACCAACCGUGCGCAUUGCCGCUGACGAAGCUAGUUAUGAAGAGGAGUAUACUGAGGAGGAUGAGUCUGAUUAUGAACCUGCAGGUGGAAAUAUUCCUAUCCAAGUUCAGAAGGUUCAGGGAGAGAAGGUUGAAGAUCUACCUGGCUAUGAACCUCUAGUACUUCUAGUGGGAACUCCAGAGCAGAAAUCCGAAAACUUGUUGCUUGAAUCUGAACUGGAGGAGGAUUCUGAAUCUUCAAACAAUCAGAAAAGAAAAGCAGAUCCAACCUUUGUAGACCGGUACAACAACUGGUUCAACCGGGCUAAUGAUUGGUCUAGAAAGAUUCAGAAGGUUCAAGGUCGAAUAAAGUUCAAGAAUCAAUCCUAAUUUACAAUCUAUGAAUAUCCUAAAUAUAUUUAGGAUAGUAAUGAGGAUUGUUAGGUAGGUAAAAUAUUCCAUCAUCUUCCCUCCCCAGAUCCCUCCAUAAUUCAUUCUACUAUCCUACUCCUCCUUCCCUCUCUUCACCUCAUCCUACCAUCCUUCUCCCCUCCCCCUUCCCCCUCCUCACCUCAUCCUACCAUCCUUCUCUCCUCCCCCUUUCCCCUCCUCACCCCAUCCUAACAUCCUUCUUUCCUCCUCCCUUUCUCAUUCCAUCCUAUCAGUUGAAACUGUACAGAAACUCAUAAAGAACUCUAUCCAACAAUCCUUUUAACUAUCCUAGCUUCUUUUCGUGGUUCUUUUGUUCCUUUCCUGUCCCCAGACUGAGCUUGUUUAAAGUUGUUACCCUCUAAUAU